AGAACUUUGAUGUGAUUAGAUUUGCCACCUACAGGACAGCUUGCAAGCUGAGAUACAUCCAGAGGAAAACUAAUUUGGAGAUGGUGGAUAUAUGGAACAUCAUAGAAUGUUUUAGAGAGAAUGGACUGAACACGCUUGAGGCAGACACUGAGCUGAACGCCUCACGAGUGGAAGCCAUACUGACAAGCCUGUACACACAGCUGAAUAAACGUGUACCAGUGACGAGACAAGUUGAUGUGAAACUUUGUGUUAACAUGUUACUUAAUUGGCUAGUUAGUGCAUAUGAUGGGUCUGGGUAUGGAAGAAUUAAAGUGUUUUCUUUAAAGGUAGCACUGUCACACCUGUGUUCUGGAAAGCUUAUAGAUAAGUUGAGAUACAUUUUCACACAGAUAUCGGACUCCAGUGGACUAUUAGUGAGACAGAAGUUUGAACAGUAUUUGCAGGCGGUGCUGGCCUUGCCUACUGCGGUGUUUGAAGGUCCUUCAUUUGGUUACAACGAAACAGCAGUUAGAGCUUGCUUUGAUAUGAGAAGUGGGGUAAACAUCAACAACUUUCUGAAUGUUUUAGUGUCAGACCCUGGUCCCCAGUGUCUUAUGUGGCUGCCAAUAUUACAUAGAAUGAUACAAGUAGAAAAUGUUUUCCACCCAGUGCAAUGUGAUGGUUGUCACAGGGAGUCGUUUAUGGGUUUCCGGUACAGAUGUCAGCGGUGUCACAAUUAUCAGCUGUGUCAAGACUGCUUCUGGCGGGGCCGAACCUCGGGCAACCAUAGCCACGAUCAUCAGAUGAAAGAAUAUCUCUCUUAUAAAUCUCCCGCUAAGCAAAUAGGUCAUUCCAUAAAGAAGUCAUUCCACUGUGUUCCGAGUAAAUCAUUGGAUGAGAAACCCCCUAGUUUCCCGGAACAGCCAGAAAAAACAGUUGAUCUGUCCUAUAUUGUUCGAGAACCUUCUGAUGAGAGCCUUCCAAUGUUAGUGAUACCAGCGACACCAAGUACGGUACGGAAUGGUUUUCGUGAUGUUUCCCCAGAUCCCAGCUCCAUAGGCAGUAGUCCUGUUAUUCACAGAAGUCCUGGAAAGCAGAGUAUUGGGAUCCGGUCACAGUCGACAGAUGAUGAACACAGACUGAUAGCUAGAUAUGCUGCAAGGCUUGCUGCAGAUGUGAAAAAUGCUGCUCGAAGCCCACAGGAGAUGAAUUUUACAUUAGAUACAAACAAGGCACAAAGGGAACUCAUUGCUCAACUUGAACAAAAAAACAGAGAAAUUAUGAGAGAGAUACAGCGAUUACGAAUGGAACAAGAGGCAAAUGCGAAGACUACCGCAAAUGCCCAGUAUAAUCCGACACUUAUGGCGGAGUUAAGAUUAUUGAGGCAACGAAAAGAUGAGCUGGAAAAUCGCAUGACGGCUCUUCAAGACAGUCGGAAAGAUCUGGUGAUGCAGCUUGAAGCAUUGAUGAAAUUGUUAAAGAACCAGCCUACCUCUCCACGAUUGACUCCUCCUGACAGUUACCAUAGUUACAGUGCCUCUUCCCCCUCUUUCUCCACCCUCAACUCCACCCAGGGGAGGUCCAGUGUCACUGCAGGCACACCCAACACACCCAGUGAUUCUUAUACAGGCAGUUUACAGUACCAGCAUGGACGAUCAAGUGUUCCACUUAUGUCACAAACUGGCUACUAUUCAGACUCUAGUGUGAGCACUAACGGCUACAGUCAUGGGCGACUCAGUGCGCCGAUAGUCAGUCCAUCAAAUGAAAAACCUAACACAGUGCCAAAUACACCAGGACUUGAAUCAACCACACUUUCAGGCCUAGAAGGGGAUGUUCAGAUGGCAUUUAGUCAGCCAUCAAGUUCGGGACUGCAUGUACGAAACCUGCGUAAUGAUUUAUUAUCAGCAGCAGAUAGUAUUACUGGAGCAAUGUCAUCACUAGUCAAAGAACUUAAUUCAGAUGAAAGUGGCAGUGAAGAUGAUGACAAUAUCAAUGGUGACCUUGAAAUUGCGGAGAACUAUAUGAUGCAGACGCGAGAAGAUCUUGAAUCAUGGCAAAAAGAAGUUCAGAAACGUCUUGAUCAGGAAACAAAGUUUGUCACAGAAUUGAGGUCUAAACAAGCUAACACUGAAAACAACAGCAAUCAGCACAGUGGAUAUAACAGCGGAAAUCGCAGUGGAUACAGCAGCGGAAGUCGCAGUGGAUAUAGUAGUGGAAGCAGUUAUAGUGAGGAUGAUGAAAGCAAACACAGAUAUUUGCGGCAUAUUUUCCCACGUGUGGAAUACACAACAGAUGACGGAGAGUCAUAUGUUAGAACAGAUGAUGAAAGUUACACAAGAACAGAUGAUGAAGAUGCUGAGCUGUAUGAUAACCAUCCUAAGUUGUUUUACGACCUUAUAAGAAAAGAAAAAAAAACUAGCCGGGAGAGGUUGAAGAAGUUGGAUGCCAGUUUCCAAAAGGAUAAAGAAGAAUUAGAGUCAUGA